UUAAAUUCUAAUUAAUCGAUACACCAUAAAAUAUACAUAUAAAAACUGUUAGUAAUAGUUUGAGCUGGCAACAUUAUUCUGCCUUUUCCGGCUAUCGGUGUCACUGAAAGCCACAACAUGAAGCAAAUCGUUGCAAAUCAAAAAGUGAAAAUCCCUGAUGGAUUGACUGUUCAUGUGAAAUCCCGUUUAGUGACAGUGAAAGGUCCUCGAGGAGUUUUAAAGAGGAACUUCAAACACUUGGCUGUUGAUAUUCGCAUGGUAAACCCAAGGGUUUUAAAGGUGGAAAAAUGGUUCGGAUCAAAGAAAGAACUCGCUGCUGUAAGAACAGUGUGUUCUCAUGUUGAAAACAUGAUCAAAGGUGUGACCAAGGGAUUCCAAUACAAAAUGCGUGCAGUAUAUGCCCAUUUCCCCAUUAACUGUGUUACAACUGAAGGCAAUUCAGUCAUUGAAAUCCGUAACUUCCUUGGAGAGAAAUACAUCAGAAGGGUAAAGAUGGCACCUGGUGUGACCGUUGUAAACUCCCCUAAACAAAAGGAUGAACUUAUCAUUGAAGGUAACUCCCUUGAAGAUGUUUCAAGUUCAGCAGCUCUCAUUCAACAGUCAACAACUGUCAAAAACAAGGAUAUCAGAAAGUUCUUGGAUGGACUCUAUGUAUCUGAGAAAACAACUGUUUUAUUGGAUGAGAUAUAAGGACAUUAAAGUUUUAAGCUGAA